AUGGUACGAACAGAGAAGUAUCACAGGUCCACGAACGCUUGUGUCGAGAUAGAAAAUGGGCCAUUUGGCAUAUCGAGCAUCAACUUCAAAGCAAACGAACCCGCUUUUGUAGGAAUUGGAUCUUGUACGUCUCGAUUGAACGGUCGGUACUCGGGAGUUAUACACUAUAACAACGAGCUGGAACUCAGCAACAGAAAGUUCAAGUUGUACUGUGUGAUUGAUGAAAGCGCUUGUCUUAGAAUAGACUUCAUCGAGAUCGCAUUGGGAAGCUCGGACGAAAAAGUUGCAGCCUGGAAAGAUGCUAAGCCAGAAGAUGCCGACUAUGAGGUCCCAGCUUUGGUAUACCAAGGGUCUCGUCUGGGGAGUCCUGAUAAUCAGACCAAGCCUUUUGUCGGGGUUCUGGUUUUCGGGAAUUAG